AUGCGGGUCUGGGAUCGCAGAGGAAUCCUGGACCAUCCCCCUCGCAGAGAGCCUGCGAGGAGGUGUCCGCUGGAAAUUCGCCUGCAGGAGGGGCUGACAGCAGCAAUGACACUCGGUCCCUGUCCGGACACCGAGGUGCUGCCUCUCUCCUUGAUGCCAGCCACACUCCUCAUCCUCCUCAUCCUCAGCCCCACCGGCACCACCUCUGAGCCCGAGAUGUUGCCAUUCCCAGAGAUCCGCCUCUCCAACGGGCCCAGCCGCUGCCAGGGCCGCCUGGAGAUCCUCUACAACGGCUCCUGGGGCACCGUGUGUGACGACGACUGGGACGUGGUGGAUGCCAACGUGGUGUGUCGCCAGCUGGGCUGUGGCCAUGCCAUCACCCUGCCAGCUGCCAUGACCUUCGGCCAGGGCACCGGGCCCAUCUUCCUGGACAACGUGGACUGCAAAGGCUCGGAGGCUGCCCUGAGCGAGUGCUGGAGCCACGGCUGGGGCAUCCACAACUGCUACCACUAUGAGGAUGUGGCUGUGGUGUGCAAUGAGUUCUCACCCACGCAAGUCAGCGAAGGACCGACCACCAGGACCCUCACAGCCUCGGUACAGGAUGGGGAAAGUGACGGCAGCAUCCGCCUGGUGAGCGGCCCCGACACCUGCCAGGGCCGCGUGGAGAUCUUCUACCGCGGCAGCUGGGGCACCGUGUGCGAUGAUGACUGGGGCCUGAGCGAUGCCAGCGUGGUCUGCAAGCAGCUGGGCUGUGGGCAAGCCCUGGAUUACAAGAGCAAUGCCUAUUUCGGCUAUGGAACAGGACGGAUCCUCCUGGACAACGUCAACUGCGACGGCAGCGAGCCCUUCCUGUCCGCCUGCUACAGCCUGGGCUGGGGCAUCCACAACUGCGGCCACCACGAGGAUGCCGGGGUCAUCUGUGCAGGACUGGACACAUCCACCAUCACAUCAUUCACCACCUCGCUGGCCCUGGACUCCGAGGAGACCCUCACAGCCACGGCCACAGUGACAGACAGCAGGGACCAGCCCUCCCAGGCCACCGAGGUGGUCACCACCACGCUCCUGACCAUUGAGCAGGAAAGUGGCGGCUUGCGGCUGGCGAAUGGCAACGGGAGCUGCCGCGGGCGGGUGGAGGUGCGGCACGGCGGCACCUGGGGCACCGUGUGCGACGACGACUGGGACUUCCCCGACGCCCAGGUGGUUUGCCGGCAGCUGGGCUGCGGCACCGCCCUGGCCGCCACCGUGCUGGGCUCCUUCGGCUACGGCAGCGGGCCCGUGCUGCUGGACAACGUGGGCUGCGGCGGCGGCGAGGCGCGCCUGGCCGACUGCUUCCACCUGGGCUGGGGACAGCACAACUGCGGCCACCACGAGGACGCCGGGGUCAUCUGCCGAGGUGAGGAAAAAAGGGGAAGUGGGGCACAGCUCUGGGGUGGGCACAGGCAGGAGCUGCCUCACCCCCUGCCCUCCCCAGGGUCCCUGCGCCUGGUGAACGGCAGCCACCGCUGCGAGGGGCGCGUGGAGAUGUUCUACCUGUCCCAGUGGGGCACCGUGUGCGACGACGCCUGGGACCUGCGGGAUGCCAAGGUGGUGUGCAGGCAGCUGGGCUGUGGGCACGCCCUGGCAGCCUGGGGGGAGGCACACUAUGGCCAAGGAACCGGCUACAUCUUCCUGGACAACCUCAAGUGCAAGGGCCACGAGCCCUCGCUGCUGCGCUGCUCCCACAUCCGCUGGGACGUCCACAACUGCGACCACUCCGAGGAUGCCGGUGCUGUCUGUGACAUCCUAUGA